UGCACCUCCCCCCACCGGACUUGGUCGCGCCCGAAGUGUAACACUUUCUCUUUGUCGGAGGAGCUCCGCUGUUUCUUGCGCUGUAGCUUCGGUGGCGGCGGCACCCGGCAGCCCUGGCGGACGCAGGAGCGAUGGCAGCGACCGAUAUAGCUCGCCAGGUGGGUGAAGGCUGCCGAACUGUCCCCCUGGCUGGACAUGUGGGGUUUGACAGCUUGCCCGACCAGCUGGUGAAUAAGUCAGUCACCCAGGGCUUCUGCUUCAACAUCCUGUGCGUGGGCGAGACAGGUUUGGGCAAGUCGACCCUCAUGGACACCCUGUUCAACACCAAGUUUGAGGGGGAGCCAGCCACCCACACCCAGCCAGGUGUCCAGCUCCGGUCCAACACCUAUGACCUCCAAGAGAGCAACGUGGGGCUAAAGCUCACAAUAGUGAGCACGGUGGGCUUUGGCGACCAGAUCAACAAGGAGGACAGCUAUAAGCCUAUCGUGGAAUUCAUCGAUGCCCAGUUCGAGGCCUACCUCCAGGAAGAGCUGAAGAUACGCAGGGUGUUGCAUGCCUACCACGACUCCCGAAUCCACGUCUGCUUGUACUUCAUCGCCCCCACGGGUCAUUCCCUGAAGUCUCUGGACCUCGUGACCAUGAAGAAGCUGGACAGUAAGGUAAACAUCAUCCCCAUCAUUGCCAAAUCAGAUGCCAUUUCUAAGAGCGAGCUCACGAAGUUCAAAAUCAAAAUCACCAGUGAGCUUGUCAGCAACGGGGUUCAGAUCUACCAGUUCCCAACAGAUGACGAGUCCGUGGCUGAGAUCAAUGGAACCAUGAACGCGCACCUGCCGUUCGCUGUCAUCGGCAGCACAGAAGAACUCAAGAUAGGCAACAAGAUGAUGAAAGCACGGCAGUACCCUUGGGGCACGGUACAGGCGUGCUUUCACUACCCCCUCCCCUGCCAUGCAGUUGAGAACGAGGCGCACUGCGACUUUGUGAAGCUGCGGGAGAUGCUGAUUCGGGUGAACAUGGAGGACCUCCGGGAGCAGACCCACAGCCGGCACUACGAGCUCUACCGCCGCUGCAAGCUGGAGGAGAUGGGCUUCAAGGACACCGACCCCGACAGCAAACCCUUCAGCUUACAGGAGACAUACGAGGCCAAAAGGAACGAGUUCCUAGGGGAGCUCCAGAAGAAAGAAGAGGAGAUGAGACAGAUGUUCGUCCAAAGAGUCAAAGAGAAAGAAGCUGAGCUUAAAGAGGCAGAGAAAGAGUUGCAUGAGAAGUUUGACCGCCUGAAGAAGCUACACCAGGAUGAGAAGAAGAAGCUAGAGGAUAAGAAGAAAUCCCUGGACGAUGAAGUGAACGCCUUCAAACAGAGAAAGACGGCGGCUGAGCUGCUCCAGUCGCAGGGCUCCCAGGCCGGAGGCUCACAGACUCUGAAAAGGGACAAAGAGAAGAAAAAUAACCCAUGGCUGUGUACUGAAUAGUGUCCCCCUGCUUCAGCUGGACUGGACUCCAUUUAGCCUUUUAAGCCAAGGUUCCUAUUUUAACUGACAGCUUUCCUAUGGGGUGCCAGACAGCACCCCACCCCCGCCCCUGCAGUGUACUUCCACUUUGAGCCCCAUUUCUUCUUUUGAGUUCUGCCUCCGAGUCCACCGGCACUGAUGAUGACCUUCUUUCGUAUUUCUAUUUUUUUGAGGGUUUUUUUUUUCUUAUCACCUUUUUUUUUUUCCUCCUUCAAACACACACAGUUAAACCAGGCUAUGCCAAAUUUUCCGAGCUUUUUGAAGUGUUGGGAAUGGGGAAGGAGGAGGUUUCCUCUCUUCCAUGAUAAUAAUAGGAAGUGAAAAGUAGAAGAAACCAAAAAAAGGCACACACACACACUUUAUAUUUUCUUGUUGGCGCAGCAAGAGUGCAGUUUUGCUGUGUGUUGUUUGGUGAGUCACUGAUUGGUCAGUGGCCAGAGGCGAGUAUGAAAUAUAAGCUAGUUUCUUGAGAAACUAGAAAGGCCCUUUAGAAAGUCUCAUCGUGGAGCACGUUAGGAGGCCCCGUGCUUUGAGGUUCAAAACAAUACAAAACACACAAAAACGUGGAUACUCAACCAGUAGCUAGGAGAGAUGCUAGGUUAGAGCCAUCAGUCUCCUUGGGAAAGGACUCUGAUUGCAGCUUUGAUGUCUCUGCAUCCAAUUUUACAGCUAUUUCCCAAGAACCGCAAACUUAAACAACCAAUGGACACCUCCACUUCCCCGGGUUAUUAUUUGCAUUGCAAAUAGGAAGCCCCCUUAUUUACAUUUGUUUACGGAUUAACUACUCGAAAACUUCAAAAGUAUUAGACUGCCCUCCUCUCCCAGCCUUUAGGAGACCUUCACCUCAAGGGAGAAAUUUCGGUCCAUUAAACAGAUCUGACCCACUUUUUUCACUUGUUUUUUUUCCCCCAUCAGGGCAGUUGAGGCCCAGAGAGGUCCAGGGACGUGCCAGAUGCCAGGCGACAUUCAGUGUCUCCUGACUCCCCAUUCAUUUCACAAAUGGAUUCAACCUGUUCCUAUGUGUCCCUGGAGACCAAGGUGUUUUGAUGUUCGGAGAAAAUGAAUAGUUAGCGUCACAGGGCCUUUGAGGGUUCCCCUCUCCCCCAGAGAAAAGUCUCUGAGGUCUCUGAGGAUGGAGUGGGUAGGGGCGGGCAAAGCAGCCGACUCCAGGCCAGCUUCUGAACCGGGCAUUUCUGCUGACGGUGCCUGUUGGCUGGUCAGCUUUCCUGGAAGUCUGGAGUGGGGCCCAGGCUUGCGAAUGUUUAACAGGUGCCUAGAUGAUCCUUGUAAUCAAGGAAGUUUGGCAACCAAACAUCUAACCUGGCAGUGAACAGGAGGCCUUUAGAAAGUCGAUUAAAAGGGUUAAAAUAGUUAUUUUAUUGGGUAGCUUUGCUCACUAUAGACAGAGAGGUUUUUCCCCCUUCUGCAGUGAAAAGGACUUUUAAUUAGUACAAUGCUUCUCAUUUCUCUUACAUACCCUAAGUAUUCUGUUAACUGCAGGUGAAACAAAACCAGUCAUUAUAAAUGGUCUGAGCUUUCUUGAAAAAUCCCCAUGUGAUCACACACACACACACACACACACACACACACACACACACACACAUGUUUCUCUUAAGCCGAGAAGUUUCCUUUUCCUACCUGAGGUGCAGAUCACUUUUGAUUUUGGUUUCAAUCAUUUGGCACUCACAUGUGGCUGUUUUUUAUUAAAACAAGAAGCUUUAAA